AUGGAUCUCCUCUUGGUUCCUGCUGUUGCCCUUGUAGUGGAAAUCCUGCAGCUUGUUCCACAGGACUUUUUCCUUUACAUGCUCCAGCAGGUCUCAGGUUGGGUGGAUAUUGGGGUGAUCAGGGUUGUCAGCCCACCAGCUCUCCUGGUCCUCACCACCAGAGUGGCGUGUUUGACCCAAGUAGCUGCUAAUUAUCUUAUUAGCCAAAGGAAGCAAAACGAUGGGGGCACAGCUCAUGGCAGCAUUGUUCCUUAUCAGGCUUUCAAAACCAAGGAUGGCUAUCUUGUAAUUGGAGCAGGAAAUAACCAACAGUUUGCUGUUGUAUGCAAGAUCUUGAAUUUGCCUGAGUUGAUUGAUGAUUCCAAGUACAAAACAAACCAUCUUCGGGUGCAGAAUAGAAAAGAACUUGUUAAAAUCCUGUCUGCACGGUUUGCAGAAGAAGUUACCACCAAGUGGCUUUGUCUCUUUGAAGGGAGCGGGAUUCCAUAUGGUCCAAUCAACAGUAUGAAGGAUGUAUUCUCUGAAGCCCAGGUGUUGCACAAUGGCCUCAUUAUGGAGAUGAACCAUCCGACUGUGGGGAAGAUUGCAGUCCCAGGUCCAGCUGUGAGAUACAGCAAAUUCAAGAUGUCAGAGGCAAAGCCACCUCCCCUGUUGGGACAGCACACGAAAAACAUCCUGAAAGAGGUUCUCAGAUAUGAUGACAGGGCUAUAGACGAGCUACUCAGCUCUGGUGUGAUAGAACAACAUGAAACUAAAUGACAGAGGAGACUACAUAAGAAAACUGGCCCUGGCUGGCCCAGAAUAUGGUCUGCGCAUGCCUCUCCCUAGUCUUGAUCCCACUGAAUGGCAGAGUGAGAACUGCAGAUUUCCUGCCUGGUAUCUCUGGGGUAACUUUAGAAUUAAAGUCUAGUGCCAAAGUUAAAACUUACUACUUUGACUUUUCCCCCAGAAAAUAAUGUUGGUCUGUGGACUUCGAUUAAUUCUAUUGUUUCCAUCCAGAAGAACUAAUGACCAUUUGGUGAUGGAAUACUGUUCUGAUUUGACUCCUCCACAAUGUACACAUGUAUGGGAAAAUCACAUUAUAAACUAUAGUUUUGAUUUGUCAAUUGAAAAUAAAACAAAACAUAAAAAUA